AUGGGGAAUCUCAGCUGCUGUUGUACGGAAAUCUGUGGGGAGUGUCUUUCUGAAGAUGUGGAGCCGCCCCCAACCACUCCAACCCCUCCACCACGACGACGACGACGACGACGACGCCGCAAGAAGAGAGUCCGAUUCAACUUGCACGAUGAUGUCUACAUCAUCGAGGACACCGAGGAAACUCCCUACGAUGACCUGGUGGAAGAGCUACUACCUACUUUGAGGGCCGAGGAGGAAAUUCCGUCUCUCCCUCCUCAGGAGGCGGCGACCGGAUACGUCCCGUAUGCGUAUUCCCCCGUCAUUCCCUUUAGGGGGACAGAUCUAGCUGAACAAGGAAGGGCCCACAGCAGCUCAGUCCAUACUGAUGAGCUCCCCACCUCCACACUCUUGUCCACAUGUGCACGCCAAGCAAAGCUCCCCGAGCGAUUCCCGAAGAGUUCCAUCGGGGUCCCGACACUCUCUGUGUGUAUCCACCUAGAUUCCCUGGCUAGCGUGGAUGAUGACCUUGACGUGGACAGCAGAGAGGGAGAGGCCCCAUUGUUCACCAAGGUGGUGGCCCUGCUGGAAAGGGAGAGUGUUCUUACAGACCUACUGGUAGAGAGCAUCGAGGACUACUCCACCAGUGACGAUGAAGUCUCUUCAGCAUCCUCGCUGCUCUCUGACCCGGAGAAGGAUUCCACGGAAGACAACAAUUCCGACGAAAGGAGCCACCCUGCGCCUCUCUCGAGAAGCUUCCCUUCGGUGGACAUGGUGCAAACGACAAGGGAAGCAGAAGAAGAGGAGGACUCGGGAACGGGCUGCGCCACAGGACAGUGUGCCCACCACCCCGAGGCACCAGAGGCUCCUGGGGUGCUCCGACAAAGGGAGCCAGGAGGGCCCUGGGGCCCCACUUGCGGCUCCGAUUUGGGCCCGGAGGAGGAUUCGGCAUGAGCACACAAGGAAACACGCCUGCAGGGACGGCUCUCUUACGCCUGACCUCCGAAGGCCAAAGAGAAGACUUCAGGGCAGCCCACCCGAGGACGGCACUGGAGCCCCGAGGACGAGACGAGAGGACCCUCUGAGUCGGCCGCCAAACCCAGAGUUGGCUGCCCGGGCCCUGCCAAUGACGGACACUUGAAGCACGAGGCAACCACCUGGGCCCACAACAGU